AUGCCCCGCGACCGACCAACCUUCCUCACUCUGCCUCUCGAACUCCGCCUAGACAUCUACACCCAUCUCCUCGUCCUCCCACCCCCGCCGCCCCCGGAAAGGCAACAGCCCAUCUACCGCUGCGCCCACCCGUACUCUCCAAGCCCGGAAGAAAAGCCCACCAUACACACCCAAAUCCUCCUAGUCAACCGCCAAACCAACCGGGAAGCCACCCCACUGCUCUACACGCUCAACACCUUCACCGCGCACCCGGCCCUCCUGACAGUCGCCGCCGCACCGACCCUGCUUCACUUCCACCACCAUGCCGUGUACCGGUCGUCUAAAACUUUAGGAAUCCCAAGCAGCAGCAGCAGCAAGUGGACAAAGCUAAUCAGGAAGUGGAACCUCCGUGUACGCAUCGACGCCGCCGCGCCGCCACCCCCAUGGAACCGCAGCCAGGUCAGCGCGGCGUUCAGUCACGCGCAGGAGCUCACCCUCGAUUUGUGGAGCGGGGCAUUCUCCUCCUCCUCCUCCUUCUCCUCCUCCAUGGGCAUGGACGGUCACUCAGGGGUUGUGGAAGGAGAAGGAGAAAGGGAAGGAGGGAGAGGAGCGGAUGUGUUGCGGCUUUUUGAAGGGGUCCGCGGGGUAAGGCGGGUGCGGGUUGUGGGGAUGGUGGUGGUGGGCGGCGGCCUGGAGGGGUAUGUCAAGUGGUUGACUAAGAGGAUGACUAGUAUGGAUCAAGAGGAGGGCGACGUGGAUGGUGACCGGAGAGGUUCGACGACGGCCUUGGUUUAG